UCGGCGUUGCGAGGCGCCGCCGCCACCAGAUCUACAACGACAGAGGUCAUCGGCGAGGGAUAAAUGGCGUGGGAGAAUGCGCAGCGGGUGAUGCGCACAAGAUCCGUCAAUCGAGAUCGAUGGAGCAGUAGAACCCUUUAUGUUGUUCGUCGUCUGAGACAGUUGAUUCAUCAUUUAUGGGGUUUCGUCAUCACCGCCUCGCAAGCCGCGAUUCAAGUGCCGAGCAAAUCAGCCGUCGAUGAUGAGACGCGAAGGAGAAACGCCGUUGGAGAAGAAUCGGUCUCUUUGUACUUGACAUUCGCCGGCGUCGGAGUAGGGUUUCUCCGUCAGAUGAGAGUUGAAAUUUGGGGAUCUCAUAUGCAGUCGGAGGAGAACGACAACAAUGGAGAACAGAGCGGAGGAGGAAACGCGUAAAUGAGGGUCAUUUUUUAUUUUUAUUAUUUUUAUGUAAGUUUCCAGUUUUGCGCUUAAUUAACCGUGUUGUUACGGUGACAAUAAAUAGAGUGUUGUUAU